AUGGAUGCACUUGCUGGGAUGAAGACCGCAGACCUUUUCGAAAACCUCAGCUCCACUCUCUCGCACAUUGGGCGGUUGAGUGGGACGCCUAUGUCAGCCUUGCCUUCCCUGACGUGGUCGGAGUUGUUGAACACUGUUGAAGAGAUGCUGCGAAUUUACAUGGUCCUGGUGGCCCGGGAUCGGCCGUCAUCGGAAAAGAAAACGCAAGUAAUGGACCCGAGUGCAACUCCACAGAAUAAGAAAUACAAACAAACUUCGCGCAUAUUACUGACGCACGAGAACUGUGUCGUUGCCGCCAUCGUUGAGGAAGUUCACGAUGAUACAGAGGAGCUCGGCCGGAAGAAGACCCAGAAAUAA